AGAGGAUAUCAACCUGCUCCCUUUGACUGAACAAUGUGAUGGGGAAAAUAAGCUCCUCGUCACACUGACCAGAGAGGGGUUUUGUGGAACAGAGAGAAGAUGAGACAUUCGGACUGAACAAAUGAAGAAGUAAAAAAAAAAAACAGAAAAGAGACCACCAGAACACAAUGCUGUCUUCACAAGAGGGGGAGAGGGAGAAGACUUGGAGGAAUUAGAUGAAAGGAGAGAGGGAUGCAGUGUGGAGCUGUACCAGGAGAGAUGGACUGGAGAAGCUGAUCCAUACGAAUUCAUGAUUCAAGAAGGAGGAAAGCUGGGCUUUCAUCAGUUCCCCUUUUUUCAUGUUUCCUUCAGGAUAAUCUGAGAUCUUCCAACCAAUUUCCCCACCAGAGAUGCAAGACUGUUGAUCACACAAGGAAAAGUGUCAGUUACCGAAACUCCAAUGAUAUUGUGGCUGGCAGCCAAUCUCUGUGUGAAGAAUCCGGUCUUAAUUUUGUAGCUGAUAUAUAGACCAGCAUGCUGGAUUCCUGAUGCUCCAACCCGUGCCCUUGAUGGGAUUCCAAAAUCUCUGCUGUUAUUGUCCUAAUGCCUCUCUGGUAGUUUAUGUAUGAUUUUUUUCCUGAUUGGAAACUGAUCGUUCCUUUUGCCCAUACUAACUACUGUCCACCUGGAGGUGAAAGGAAAGGAGGUAAGAGUGAAGGGAGUGAGGAAAGGGGAAUACUGAGAAGGCAGAGGAGGCACACGAAGUGGGACAUACAGUGCCAUGCAGUCAGACGACCUCUUUGUCCGCAAGUUCCGCCGGCAGAGCCCGCGGCCUCCCCUGGCGGCGGUCGGCUUCGACCCCAUGCGGGAGCAGGGGGUGCGGGAGUGGCCCCCCAGGAGGGAUGGGGAGGAGGACGGGGCGGAGAGCCUGACCCCGAGCCGGGCGGGGCUGAAGCUGCGCCCCGUGGGGCGGAGCCACAUCAUGCAGAGGAGCAACAGCGACGUCACGCUGGGCGAUGUGGACUCUUCUGGAAAGGGGCUGGGAAACGCUGCCUGGGCGGGGGGGCAGAGGGUGGGUUUGGGGGGCAAAGCGGGCCCGGGCGACUCCGGGGUGGCGCUGCGUAGGGAGUACGGCAGUCUGUCCUCGUUGGAGAAACAGAUGCAGCCCCAGGCGCCGAUCAGCGAGGACCAGGCCCCCCUCAGCCCUGCCGCCCUCCGCUUCAAGGACCCCUUCCUGCUGCUGGGCCUGCCUGCCGAGGAGCCCAAUCCCGACAACUUCUUCCGCACCCUGUCCAUGCCAGCAGGGGACUCCCCGAAGAUGGCCAGACUCCCCAAGCCGGAGCUGCCGAACAAGAAGGCCAAGCUCAACCAUGCCCAGCUGUCUCAGCCGGGCUGCUGCGAUGGAGCGGGGGCCGGUGCCUUGGUGCGAAACCUCGCCCACUACGACGUGCAGAGCAUGCUGUUCAACCUGAUGGAGGCGGCCUCCAACCGGGACAGCAUCGGCCGCAAGAAGAACAUCACCUCCGGGGCUUCGGCCGCCUCCCAGGGCCCCCAGCCGGCCUCACCCUCCCAGGCUGGGACCAGGGGGGCCGGCACCGAGGAGCCCGAGCAGUCCCCGCUGCUGCUGGACGAGGGGGACGGCAAAGACACCGACAUGCUGCUGAGCUGCCCCCACUUCCGAAACGAGACAGGGGGCGAGGAGCGGCCGGGGCUGGGGCAGACGAGGGGGCCGGGGGGGGUGCUUCUGAGCCUGCAGAGCCCCAACGACGCCGUCUCCGUGCUGGAGGAGCCGCGUGAGAGCAAGCAGCAGGGCAAGAGCAACUACUACAUCGAAUUCGCAGACCUGGGGGCCCAGUACUACCGCAAGUACUUCUACAAGAACGAGCACCAGAACUUCUUCGGCAUAGACGACCGCUUCGGUCCGUUGGCGGUCAGCUUCCGUCGGGAGGAGAAGGAAGGCUGCAGCGGUGCCCAGUACAACUACAGGAUCAUUUUCCGCACCACUGAGCUGAGGACGCUGAGAGGCUCCCUGCUGGAGGAGUCUGUGCCCUCGGCUGCCCGCCACACCACCCCCCGCGGCAUCUCGCCCAGGAAGCUGCUGGAGUUCGUCAUGCCAGAGCUGAACCUGCACUGCCUCCGCCUGGCCUCCAACUCUCCCAAAGUCCGGGACACUCUGCUGAAGCUGGACGAACAGGGGCUGAAUUUCCAGCGGAAGGUGGGGGUGAUGUACUGCAGGGCCGGCCAGAGCUCAGAGGAGGACAUGUACAACAAUGAAAGCGCGGGGCCGGCUUUCGACGAGUUCCUGGACCUGCUCGGGGAUCGGGUUCGCCUCCUGGGAUUCGACAAAUACAGGGCACAGCUGGACAACAAGACGGACUCCACCGGGACCCAUUCCCUCUACACACGAUACCAGGACUACGAGAUCAUGUUCCAUGUGUCCACCAUGCUGCCCUAUACUGCCAACAACACACAGCAAUUACUGAGGAAGAGACACAUCGGCAACGAUAUCGUGACAAUCGUUUUCCAGGAGCCAGGAGCUUUGCCGUUCACUCCCAAAGUCAUCCGCUCUCAUUUCCAGCAUGUUUUCAUCGUGGUCCAAGUCCAUCACCCCUGCACUGACCACACCUACUAUAGGGUGGCGGUGACACGCUCCAUGGACAUCCCGCUGUUUGGGCCUCUGUUCCCCAAGGGGGCUCGCUUCCCCCGCUCUCCAGCCUUCCGGGACUUCCUGCUGGCCAAGGCGGUGAACGCGGAGAAUGCGGCGGAGAAGUCGGAGAAGUUCCGCUCCAUGGCCACGCGUACGCGGCAGGAGUACCUGAAGGACCUGGCGAAGAACUACGUCACCACCACCCCCAUCGAGUCCUCCACCAAGUUCCAGCUGCCCUCACUGGGCGGUAAGCGCAAGGACAAGCUGAAGGGGACCAAGGGGGCGGAGCUGCACAGCGCGGGGGCCCUGGUGUGGGCGGUGACCGCCACGGGGGACGGCGCCGGCGAGCAGAAGCUGCCCUGCCUGCUGGCCAUCUCGGCCGAGUCCGUGGUGCUGAUCGAGAGGUGCAGUCGCAAGGUGGUGUUCAACUGCUGCUGCCGCGACGUGAUUGGCUGGAAGGCUGGGCUGGACGGCGGGACCAGGGGCGGGCCUUCCUUGGAUGUCUUCUACGAGAGGGGGCAGUCCGUGUCCGUCAGCAUGCCUGACGGCCAGGCGGACGACAUCAGAGAGAUAGUGCAAAGGCUUGAGCUGGAGACACGGGGAUGCGAGGCCCGGGAGGUGACCCCUCUGCGUAACGGGGUUGGGCAGCCGGGCUUCCUGCUGAGCGAGGAGGGCUUCGUGGUGGAGCUCCAGCCCUUCGGCUACGCGGAGAGUGGGGGUCUGCAGCUGUGGGCCCGGGUGGUGCGGCUCUGCGGUCAGCCCCUGGUGUCCCUGGACCUGAACGAGAGGGCCAACCUGAUGCGCACCGCGCCCAGGAUCCACCUCACCGUCAUCCCCCCGGACGAGAACGGCAAGCCCCGCAGGAGCUAUUCGGAGCUGUACCAGAGAGCCAUCCAGGAUGUGGAGUGCAAGGCGGGGGAGGGGCCGCCCGGCGAGGCCUGGGUGAUUGAUGAGAGGGAGGAAGAGCGUGAGGCGGAGAGGGAGAGGAAGCAGGGCGAGGAGAGCAAGGAGGCCGAGCCGGUGGGAAACGGAAAAACGAGAUCGGGAGAGGGGUGCGACGGCUCUCUCCUCUCCCCCUCGAAAGUACCGCUUCUGCGAGCUGCCUCCCUCCAGGACAGCACUCCGGCGCAGCCCCCCAAAUUCGCUCCCUCACUGACGCGCUGCUACUCCCUGGAGAAGCAUCCGCCCUGUCAGGACUCCUGUGAUGGGCAUGUGUAUGACAACAUUUGGGUUUCUGCGGACAGACAUGUCUAUGAGAACGUGGGGGAGCUGAGGAAUGCCACGCCUGACCUCAUCCUGGCUGUCAAUCCCAGAAUCCCCCUGGAGGAGGAGGAGGAGGAGCUACAGAAACAGUUUGCGGGGGUGGAGCUAAGUGAGGAACAGCCCUCAGCCAGUGACUCCUCCCAGCACGGGACCCAGCCUGAAUGUGUGGACAGCGUGGAUCGCAGCUCCCGAGCCCUCAGCCUGCAAAAGUCCAUCAGCAAGAUCCUGUCAGAGACUCCAGAGCCGACCGAGGAAGAGUGGCAGUCCAUCGCCGCGCUAGAUGCCGCCUGCCGCAGCAUCCUGGCGGCCCUGUCACGGGAAGACCUUAAGUCUGGAGGUGGACCAGAGGCUUCUUCAGACUGCUCCUCUACGAUGGAAAAGGCAGACUUCAAAGAGAGCGAUUCUUCCAUCCAUCUGGAGGAGAAGGUGUCCCAGCUGGAAUCCAUGUUGAAGAAGCUGCAGGACGACCUGCAAAAGGAGAAGCAGGACAAGGAGCUGCUGCAGGCGGAAGUUCAGAGCCUCAGGCAGAACAAUCAGCGGCUGCAGGAGGAGUCCCAGAGCACCGUGGCCCGCCUCAUCAAGGUCACCGAGCUGCUCUGCAAUGUCAACAAGCCCUGCUAGCUCCCCUCCGCGCACGCCCCCCCACCCCCC